AUGAAGAAAAGCAACCAGAGCAAACGGGUGAAGGACGAGCGGAAGGCGCAGGAAGUGUUCGACCUGGCUGAUUACGAGCGUUCGGAGGAGUUGAGGAAAGCGAAGAGCCGCAGCAAGAAAAACCACAGUCGCUUCACUCUGCUGCGCUGCCGACAGCCGGGCAACACGGUUCCCAACCUCGUGUUUCUGGCGGUGAGUCCUGAGGAGAAGGAAUCAUGGGUCAACGCGCUCAACGUGGCAAUCAUCAAAGCCAAGAACCGAAUUUUAGACGAGGUGACCAUCGAGGAGGACAGUGUGUUGGUUCAUCCCACCAGAGACAGAGCGAAGAUCCCUCAUGCCCGCCGGCUGCCAACCAGAGGACACCUGAUGGCCGCGUCCACCUCAUCCCACGGCAUGCUGACCCUGGAUCUAGUCGCUGAGGAAGACGGCUUCUAUCCAGACUAUGACGGCGACUUACGGCAGUCCUGGGAGAACGGUUUCCGGGUCGACCUGCAGAGGGGGGGGGGCUCCUGUGGACAGGUGGCGUUGGUCGGAUCUCGGGAGGUGGGAGGUCGUCAGCGAUCCGGCAGCGAUGUGUCAAAGCUGCGGGUGACGUCCAAAGAGCCGAAGGUGAAGACUGGGAGUCUGCCCCGGGGGAGCGAGAGAUCCUGGGACAAACAGUCCCAUCUGGAGGCCUCCAAGGUGCACAAGGCCCAGCAGGUGCAGGCUCAGUCUCGAACGCCACAGCCAGGGAAGAGGUUCAGCAUGCAGGGUCGGAGUCGCUGUGCCUCCAUGGAUGAAGUCCUCUCCUCCAGACCAGCGAUGAUCCGAUCGGAGUUGCGGUCCGUUCUGCGUCGUUGUACCACAGAAGAGGAGGCGUCCGGCGGGGCUUCGGUCCAGCCGGUCGGUCAGCUGCAGAGCCUCAUUGCCCAGAGGAUGCAGAGAGCUCAGGAGCUGCUGGAGGAGAUGCGACUGCAGGAGCUGCAAAAGGCCAAAGCAGAGAGAGAACGAGGAGGUAGCUCACCUUACAUGAAGGGGAUCGACUCCCCUCGCCUCCAUCACCUCAGGGGCUCCGACUCUCCUCACUCCAGCAGGUCCUCAGGAUCUUCGAGGAGCCGGAGCAGCGACUCUCCUCGCCACCGAGGCAAAGACUCUCCUCGUCUGCGAGGGAGAGAGUCUCCUCGCUCCAAAGCAAAGAAGAAUCGCUCCAAAGGGGCCGACUCGCCUCGCUCCAGAGGAUCACAUUCACCCGCCGCUAAAGCAAACGACUCCCCUCGCCUGAAAGAUUCACCUCAUCUGACUGUCACCGACUCUCCUCGAUCGAAGAGCUCGGACACAGUCUGUUCACCCAAACUCAAGGAAUCACCCAACGCUUCUUUCAACAAGGAGGACGACUCUCUGAAGUCACCUGAUUCGCCUCCAUGUGUCAGAGGAUCGGAGCCCUCGCAGGUCAAAGGAUCUGAUUCACUGCAAGGUAGCGAAUCCGACUCCCCCGGCCUCAGGAGCAGCAAGGACUCCUCCUGUCUGAGUCAGAAGAGCCAGUUCGGAUCUUUCGAGACCUCGCUGCCUAAAAGCCCCGACAAAGACCGCCUGUCCCCGCCUCCGUCCGCCUCUCCUCCCCCCCUGCUGCCAGAGGACGACCUGGAGGUGGACAGGAGGCGAGCGGAGGCAGAGCGCCUGCUGGAGGAGGCGGUGUCAUCAUGGAAGGAGGCGCAGGAGGUGCUGCAGGAAGUGAAGGAGCUGCAGAGUCAGACACUGCGGCGGCAGCGCAGGAGGACCUACGAGAAGAUGACGACACCAGCGGGGGCGGCGGGUUCGCCUACGUCACCGGCGGCAGCAGAGGAGGACGACCUGCCGACAUCGCCGACUUCGCCCGAAGACGACGAUGAGUCCGAGACGCAGUGA